AUGGAAGAUACAAGUAACAUAAGUGAAGAUAAUUUUACUGAUACUUCUGAAACUAAUUAUGAGAAUAAUUAUGAAAGUAAUUAUGAAAGUAAUUAUGAAAGCAACUAUGAAGAUAAUUAUGAAAGUAAUUAUGAAAGUGAUUAUGAAAGCGAGGAAAGA